AUGUCCCGCGGCGAAACAAACAUCCCCACCCUCCUCUCAACAAUGGACCCAAUCCUCGACCCGGACACCUACGUCUUCCUCACCACCACCACACCCCUCCAUUCCCUCCCCCUCACCACGCUCCAACCCCAAAUGGUCUUCCAAGAGUCCGAAGGCCUGACCCUGAUCACGACGAAAGCCAUCGCUGAAGCCCACAACUACGACCACUACACCUUCCCCUGCCGCAAGAUCUCACUCAAGGUGCAUUCCAGCCUCGAAGCCGUAGGCCUGAUCGCGACGAUCUCGACGAAAUUAGCGGCGCACGGGAUCAGCACGAACGUUGUGAGUGGGUUCUUUCACGAUCAUGUUUUUGUCCCCGAGGGUCGAGAGGGGGAUGCGAUGGGGGUUCUGUUGGGGAUGAUGAAUGGGGAAUCUUGA